AGUGUAUGUGUCCCAUCUCAAAAAGCGAUAAGCAUUUUGCUACAUGUGAUAUGAGCAAGGGAGCCACUCGUCGAAAUGUCAUGCGUAUUUUCACUUUAGUAGAAGGUCUCAUUGGACGAGGGACUCCCACCAAUGCAGCUGGGGAUUAUGACAGGGAUUCGAGGACAAUGAUGUCUUUUCAAAAGCAUCAGUUCACUAUACUCGUUAGCGCUUCACAGAUUGUAUUUUUGAUCCUUUUUGGCUUGUUUGGAAGAUAUGAUGCUAAUAUGAUGCCGGGUGGUUCGGAUAAUGAUGUUUACACAGCGCGGUUGUAUCCGAUGUUUCAAGAUACUCAUGUCAUGAUAUUCAUCGGUUUUGGCUUCCUUAUGACUUUUCUCAAGCGUUACGGCUUUUCGGCUCUAUCAAUAAAUUUGUUAUUGGCAGUCUUCACUAUCGAAUGGGGAAUGAUAGUGCAAGGAUUUCUGAGUCAUGAGUUCGCCGAGGCGGGAGAGUUUACGAUCGGUUUAGAAGAGCUUCUCACUGCCGAUUUCGCAGCCGCAAUCAUUCUAAUCACAAUGGGAGCCAUGCUUGGCAAACUUUCUCCAACUCAAUAUAUCGUUAUGGCAUUUAUCGAAACUGCCGUUGCUUUGUUUAUUGAGCAUCACGUUAUCCACUCUUUCCAUGUAAAUGAUGUUGGCGAUUCUAUGGUUGUUCAUGCAUUUGGUGCUUACUUUGGCUUGGCUUGCUCAAAAGCGUUCGGGACAAAGAGCCAGAGAGAACACGAAAACGAAGGAUCAAUCUAUCAUUCGGACAUCUACGCUGAAAUUGGAGCAAUCUUCCUUUGGGUAUUUUGGCCCUCAUUCAACGCUGCAGCUGCUUCCCCAGCUGAUGCCCGUCAAAGAGCUAUUGUCAAUACACUCCUCUCGCUUUGUGCAUGUACCGUCACCACAUUUAUUCUAUCCCAAGCUGUUGAUAAACAUAAGAAAUUUGACAUGGUGCACAUUGCGAACUCAACGCUGGCUGGUGGUGUCGCUAUCGGCUCAAUUGCAAAUGUGGUGCUCGAUCCCUUGCAUGCUAUGUUGAUGGGUGUAGCAGCUGGAGCUCUGUCUGUUGUUGGAUACAAAUAUAUUACACCGAUGCUUAGCAGCAAAUUCGGCUGUCAUGAUACUUGCGGCGUAAACAAUUUACAUGGUAUGCCGGGAGUUCUUGCUGGACUCAUGUCAGCCGUCUUUGUGGUGGCGUACGACCCAGCACGAUAUGGAAAGAGUUUAAAUGAGAUCUAUCCUGCAAUGAAGAGUGAGACAAAUUUUAAUGGCACCACCGCUUGGGGACAAGCACUAUACCAGCUGAUUGGACUAGGUUUAGUCUUGAUUGGAUCCCUAGUUUCAGGGAUGCUGACCGGUUUUAUUCUGAAAACAAAGGCGUUUAAUCAAGUGCGAGACGAAGCGUUGUAUGCCGAUGAUGAUUACUUUGAAACGCCUGCUGACUACGACUUCAUCACCAGAAAUGUUUCACGCAUCGAUCGCGUUGAAAUCAACGAGCCCUCGCAGCUCACGCAAAAGGAAGUCUAAUCCACUGCCAAUGGUGGACUUCUUCGUUGUAGUUUGUACAUAUUUCCGCUAGAGAGGUUUUUGUUACACAUCUAUAAAACAUUUCUUUGCA